ACACACUUAAAUUCAAGGUCUAUAUUAGGAAAAAUUAUUCUUCAGACAAUACCAACAACUACUCCACAUACUAUCGUUAUCAGAGCAAGAAAAUUUUCACAACACCUUCCAACACGGACAUGAAAACUUCCACUGAGUUCUCAGUAUCUUCCUCCGCAUCUUCUUCAGCAUACAAAAAAAGGCUUGGAAUAACCCUUGAUGUUGUAGAGUUAGCAAAGAAAUCCUUGUUCGAAUCAGCCAAAAUGGAGGAAAAACGCAAACCUGAAUCUAGUGAAGUCAUUGUCAAAGAAGACGUGUCGCUUGAUGACUUUCUGGAUUACCGCAAAAGUGACUUGAGGCUUCCGGUCCGCCUAUAUCUUCGUGAUGGGAAAAUCAUAAUCAAUGAAAUACCUACAGUGAUUCGUGCAACGGUAAUAGCAUUGUUCAAUGUAUUGAUGGGUAGUUGGAACUGUCAGGAUUUGCGGUAUGGUGUCGAUACGACCAUGAUUCUGAACCAAAACAACGUGAAAGAGCCUGAUUUAUGGGUCCGACCAGUACAGCGUCCUCGGCCUCCACUCGCACAGGCAAUGGAUAGAUUUGGAACGCCAUACCCAACAAUGAUAGUUGAAGUCGGCCAUACACAGGGUCUUCCUGACAUGCAUCGGAAGGUAGAACUUUACUUUGAUGUUCGAACCACAAUCCAGAUUGUGCUGACUAUCAAGAUAUACAAACCUCGUGUGGAUCAUACUGCUGCGAUGAUUGCUGCGCUGUACCUUCGAACGAGCCCGUCACCACUGAUUCCAGUCGAUGUCAGGUCUUUUGGGACGUCAGGACCUGCAAAUGUUUCUAAAUACUAUGUCUACAAUGAUAUGGGGGUUCCUCAUCAUAUUUUCAUGGGUGUUGGACUCUCUGAUAUCAAUAAUAAUCCUUUCCCUCCUUGUGCAAUGGCUGGUAUUCCAGCUUACCAAAUGAAUAUUCCUGCGACAGAACUUUUUGAUGGAGAUCCUACUGGUGUUCCUGCAUCAGCGAUUGGUGGAUUCAACUUAGACUUGUGGGAAUUUCAAGUUGUAAUACGGGAAUCAUUUAACAUACCCUAG